UGCAGGGAUGCAGGUGGAGCGCGUCGGCCAGGACUGUUCACAUCUGUCUUGAAGGAAAGAGUGGGGGGGGGGAAACCUGCGAUCUGGUCUGCUCAGCGCUCUGGAUAAAACAUGAGAGGCACAGAGGCGUGAACUGCACCCGAGCUACGUCCAGGGAUAUUUACAAACCCCCUCAGGUCUGGACAAUAAUAUCGGAAGGAUUGCCGCAAACCAAUCCCGACUUGCCACCAUAAUGAUGGGACCCAUUCCUGCAUAAAGCAGUGUAGUCCUCAAGGUACAAGAGAAGAAUGGGUUUUACAAAACAACCAUGAAAGCAUCGUGUACUCCAGUAGACACCAGCAAGCUUUGAUACUGUCUACUCACUCACUUUUGCGCUCCUUCACUCCCGUUCCCGUAAAAAAAAUAUCACAAUCUAAUAACUCUCCCCCUCCAAGCUUUUGGUGGCAGCUCAAAUGUCCUGGAAACUGAACUGAGAUCUGGAUUCUAAAGACAAAGAUUCUAUUUUCAGUCUGGGAUCGACCAAGGGGCUUUUGAAAUAAUCAUAUCCUCCCCUGUUUUACACUCUCGUGCAAUUCCUCGUUCCUUUCCUGCAAGUACCAGAGGCACCAACUGAUGGGGAGAAAAAGAAGAGAGUCAGGAUAAGGAAAGAAAUUAAAGCACUACAGAAAAGAAAAAACUGCUGACUUGUCAAGAAAAUUGGCAUUGGGUCUCUGAGGGUUACUUCGGGCUGUGAGCUUGGUAUUCCAGUUAAGUGAUUUAAUACACUUAUUUACAUUUAAAAUCUGCCACCCAUUUGGGGUUCAUUACACCUGUAAGCCAUCAAGUAAAGCUGAGGAAACUUGGGAGCAUGACAAGGGGGUUAAGAUUCCUGAGUUGGCCUUUGGCCCUCUUCAGCGUGCUCACAACAGUGAAGAUGCUAGAAUUUGGUGGGGCGCCUGGCCAGUGGGCCCGCUACGGACGCUGGGAAGCUGGAUCAGUGGGCGAGCUGAGCUUCAGUAUCAAGACCAACAUCAGCAAAGCCUUGGUGCUUUACCUGGAUGAUGGUGGCAACUGUGACUUCUUGGAGCUUCUGAUCGCUGGCGGCCGCCUCCAGUUGCGCUUUGCCAUACACUGUGCCGAGCCGGCCACGCUGCACAUGGAGACACGGGUGAAUGAUGACCGCUGGCACAUGGUCCUGCUCACCCGCAACUUCCGUGAGACCCUCCUCAUGGUAGAUGGUGAGACGAAAGUGGCUGAGGUCAAGUCCAAAAGAAAGGAGAUGGCAGUGGUCAGUGACCUAUUUGUGGGCGGGAUCCCACCGGAUGUGCGCCUCUCGGCUCUGACUUCUAGCACGGUGAAGUACGAGCCCCCUUUCCAGGGCUUGAUCUCCAACCUGAAGGUGGGUGAGACGCCCCCCACUUUGUUAAACAGCCAAGGCAUUCAGAGCGACCUGGAGUACCUGUGCACCAAGCAGAACCCGUGCUUCAAUGGAGGGUUUUGCUCUAUUCAGUAUGGAGAAGUUCACUGUGACUGCACCCACACUCGCUUCAAGGGGAAGUACUGCAAGGAAGUUGAAGAGUAUGCUGUUGAAGGUCUGGCGCACCUGACGUUAAACGACCAAGGUGACUCAUCUCCAGUCGGUAAAGAGGAGUCAGUAGCCACCUUCAAGGGCAACGAGUUCUUCUGCUACGACCUGUCGCUGACGCCCAUCCAGAGCAGCACCGACGAGAUCACGCUUUCCUUCCGCACGCUGCAGCGCAAUGGACUCAUGCUGCACACCGGCAAAUCGGCGGACUACGUCAACCUUUCCCUGAAGAGCGGCGCCGUCUGGCUGGUCAUCAACCUCGGCUCAGGGGCGUUUGAGGCCCUGGUGGAGCCCGUCAACGGCAAGUUCAACGACAACGCCUGGCAUGACGUGCGCGUCACCCGCAACCUGCGCCAGCACGCAGGCAUUGGACACGCUAUGGUGACCAUCUCAGUGGAUGGUAUAUUGACCACCACUGGCUACACCCAGGAGGAUUACACCAUGUUGGGUUCUGAUGACUUCUUCUACAUUGGAGGGAGCCCCAACACCGCCGACCUGCCCGGAUCCCCCGUCAGCAACAACUUCAUGGGCUGCCUUAAAGAUGUGGUGUACAAGAACAACGACUUUAAGCUGGAGCUGUCUCGCCUGGCCAUCGAGCGAGACCCCAAGAUCAGCCUGAACGGCGACUUAGUGUUCCGCUGUGAAGACGUCGCAGCACUAGACCCGGUCACCUUUGAGACCCCCGAGUCCUACAUCUCCCUGCCCAAGUGGAACACUAAGAAGACCGGAUCCAUCUCCUUCGACUUCCGCACUACGGAGCCAAGUGGGCUCCUCCUAUUCAGCCACGGCCGUCCUCAGGGUCCCAAAGAGCAGAAGCCCGGUAGGGAGCUGAAGACCGAUUACUUUGCCAUGGAGCUGCUGGAGGGGUAUUUGUACCUGCUGAUCGAUAUGGGAUCUGGGAAAACAAAGCUGAAGGCCAGCAACAAGAAGGUCAAUGACGGGGAAUGGUGCCAUGUGGAUUUCCAGAGGGAAGGGAGGAAAGGAUCUAUCUCAGUCAACAGCCGCAGCAUGCCCUUCAGCUCCCCAGAGGGCAGUGAAAUCCUGGACCUGGACAGCGACAUGUACCUGGGCGGGCUACCCGAGUUCAAGUCAGACCUCAUCCUGCCGCCCGAGGUUUGGACGGCGCUGCUCAACUACGGAUACGUGGGCUGCGUGCGCGACCUCUUUAUCGACGGCAAGAGCCGCGAUGUCCGCCGCCUGGCCGAGAUCCAAAGUGCGUUCGGCGUCAGCAGUUUCUGCACCCGCGAGCUGCAGAAGAGGUGCAGCAGCGCUCCCUGUGGCAACGCAGGUCUGUGCAAAGAGGGCUGGAACCGCUACAUAUGCGACUGCAUCGGCACCGGAUACCUGGGAGCCAACUGUGAGAUAGAGGCCACUGUGUUGAGUUAUGACGGCAGCAUGUACCUGAAGAUCAUCGUGCCGGUCACCAUGCACACGGAGGCCGAGGACGUGGCCCUGCGCUUCAUGUCCCAGCGGGCGUACGGCCUGCUCAUGGCCACCACCUCCAAGGAGUCGGCAGACACGCUGCGCCUGGAGCUGGACGGAGGCCGCGUCAAGCUCACCGUGAACCUCGAUUGUAUCAGGAUAGACUGUAACCUCAGCAAAGGCCCCGAGACGCUGUUCGCUGGGCAGAAGCUGAACGACAAUGAGUGGCACACGGUGAAGGUGGUGCGAAGGGGCAAGAGCCUGCAGCUGUCUGUGGAUAACGUCACAGUGGAAGGCCAGAUGACUGGUGCUCACACACGUCUGGAGUUCCACAACAUCGAGACGGGCAUCAUGACUGAGCGACGCUUCAUAUCUGUGGUGCCCUCGAACUUCAUCGGGCAUCUCCAGGGCCUGACUUUCAAUGGGCUGCCCUAUCUAGACCAGUGCAAGAACGGCGACAUCUCCUACUGCGAGCUCAACGCUCGCUUUGGCAUGCGCCAUAUCAUUGCAGAUCCAGUGACGUUUCGAACAAAAGGCAGCUACUUAGCCUUGGCCACUUUACAAGCUUACGCGUCCAUGCACCUCUUCUUUCAGUUUAAAACCACCACGCCUGACGGACUGAUGCUUUUCAACUCUGGAGACGGUAGUGACUUUAUUGUCGUGGAACUGGUGAAAGGAUAUGUCCACUAUGUCUUUGAUCUUGGCAACGGGCCGUCCCUAAUGAAGGGAAACUCCGACAAGCCACUCAAUGACAACCAAUGGCACAACGUGGUGGUGUCCCGGGACGCCAACAAUGUUCAUACUCUCAAGAUCGACUCACGCACCGUUACGCAGCACUCCAAUGGAGCCCGCAACCUGGACCUCAAAGGGGAGCUGUACAUCGGUGGCGUGACAAAGAACAAGUACAGCAGUCUGCCCAAGCUGAUAGCAUCCCGGGACGGGUACCAGGGCUGCCUGGCCUCCGUGGACCUGAACGGGAGACUCCCUGACCUGAUUGCAGAUGCCCUCCACCGGGUGGAUCAGGUGGAACGAGGCUGCGAUGGACCCAGUACCACCUGUACGGAGGAGUCUUGCUACCAUCAGGGAGUGUGUCUCCAGCAGUGGGAGGGCUUCACCUGUGACUGCACCAUGACGUCCUAUGGAGGUUCAUUCUGCAACGAUCCUGGGACAACAUACAUCUUCGGAAGAGGCGGAGCCCUCAUCACAUACACCUGGCCACCCAAUGACCGGCCGAGCACACGGGCAGACCGGCUGGCAGUGGGCUUUAGCACUCAGCUGAAGGAGGCCGUUCUGGUCAGAGUGGAGAGCGCCAAGGGACUGGGAGAUUACCUGGAGCUGCACAUAGAACGGGGAAGGAUCGGCGUGAUCUUCAACGUGGGAACGGACGACAUAACCAUCGAGGAGGCCGCAGUGAUGGUGAGCGACGGCAAAUACCACGUGGUGCGAUUCACGCGGAGUGGCGGCAACGCCACACUACAGGUGGACAACCAGCCGGUCAUCGAACGUUUCCCCUCAGGGAACUUUGAUAAUGAGCGCCUGGCUAUUGCUAGACAAAGAAUCCCAUACCGACUUGGUCGGGUAGUUGACGAGUGGCUACUCGACAAAGGUCGUCAGUUGACCAUCUUCAACAGCCAGGCGUUCAUCAAAAUCGGUGGCGGUGGAGAGAAGGGUCGCCACUUCCAGGGCCAGAUCUCAGGCCUGUACUACAACGGCCUGCAGGUGCUCAAACUGGCGGCAGAGGGCGACCCCAACGUCCAAACCCAGGGCAACCUGCGGCUGGUGGGUGACGUGCCCUCGGUGCUCACUACAGACACCACCUCCACCACCCCGCUGGCUGAUAUGUCCACCACCAUCAUGGAGACAACCACCACAAUGGCCACAACCACCACCCGCAAAACUCGCUCGCCCACCACCAUGAGAGACAGUGUCACACAGAAUGCCGAUGACCUCUUGGUGGCAUCAGCUGAGUGUCCAAGCGAUGACGAAGAUUUGGAGGAAUGUGAGCCUGGAAAUGGAGGUGAAUUAGUGUUGCCCAUAAUAACGGUGGACUCCCUAGACCCCCCGUCCAUCGCCACCCACUACCCAGUAAUCCCCCCACCCCCCACCACCUACCGGCCCUUCCUCACCCUGCUCGAAACCACCAAAGAGUCCCUCCCCUUGCCAAAUGGCCGGCCCCCCUGCCUCUUGGACCAGGAGGACUGUGAGGAGGCCAUCGAGGUGUCGGCGUACGGCUCGGGGGAGAUGACAGAGUCCGAUGACGAAGACUAUUACAAAAACUCUCCGCUGGUCACCGACAGGACUGUCCUCCCCCCUCCCCCAGCCGCCGAGGGCGGUGUCCAGAACCCCCGAGACCGCCACUUCUCCCGCUCCCCCAACUCCCACCGCCCACCCCUCUCCUCCACCCCCACAGCCAACCCCGACCAGCUCAGCCCGCACAUCAAGCCGGGCGGCGGCGGCGGCGGCGGCAGCAGCAGUAGCAACAACAAAAUCCCCGCCGGCAAAAUGAACACCCGGGACCAAGUGCUGCUGCCCCCGGCCCACCCCUCCUCAGACCCGGGCAGUCGCAGAGUCCCGGGAAUAACCUACCCCCCGAAUUUCCCCCAUGUUCCCACUCCAGACCCCACGUCUCCUGAGAGAGGGCUCCCCGGCGCCGUGGAGGUGCAGCAGUCCAGCAGCACCACAGGGAUGGUGGUCGGCAUCGUGGCGGCCGCGGCCCUCUGCAUCCUCAUCUUGCUCUACGCCAUGUACAAGUACCGCAACCGCGACGAGGGCUCCUACCAGGUGGACCAGAGCCGCAACUACAUCAGUAACUCGGCCACGCAGAGCAACGGAGCCCUGGUGAAGGAGAAGCCGCCCAGCACUGCCAAGACGGUCACCAAGAACAAGAAGAACAAAGACAAAGAGUACUACGUCUGAGGCAGCGGCGCCGCGGCACACACAGGCAGAUAGAUGCACUCAGAGAAGGAAAGAGAUGAGAGAAGGAGGGAGCGAGAAAGUGCGGUAUGUGGAAACACAGCAGAGGGGCAUUCAUUCCAAACACAGUAUUGUCAGGUGGCCAUUCAUGUCAACUCCAAACGACGAUUUGUAUAAUAUAGUGUGGAUUUAAGGCAAUGCUGUUACACCUCUGAUCUCAACACACACUGUGCCAACAAGCGUGUACCAAAUACUGAUCAAACCGCCAUGUAUGCGUUAGCACGGGACAGGUUAGUAAAGAUCGCGAGUACUUUAGGGAUGCACCAGAAUCAGUAUUUGUGUCACGCCACAUGUGGUGUGAGCCUUCGCCUUCGAGUAUCAACACAUCAUUUUCCACCUGUUUGAAUUUGGCAACUUGACAUCCCUCUGUCAGAUCAAUAUACUGCCAGCUCACAGAGACAUUGUGUCAAUCCCAAUUCCCCCCCCCCCCCCCCCCCCGCUGGGAGUGUUCCACGUCUCCGAUCUCUCACCUCUCGUCGGAUCUCUCUCCCUUUUCCUCUCAGUCGCUCGUGCACCUUGUUUCUCUCCUUGUCUGGUGCACCGCAGCCAACGCGACGUCAAAUCUGCCGUGUUUCAAGCAUGUAGUAUUCAUUUAUGAAAAAGAGUUAAAAAACUUUUUCUUUCUGUGGAGUUAAAAAAAAAAAACCUAAAAAAUCCAACGAUGAUGAUUGAUGAUCAUAACAACGUUUAAACGUAGAAACUUUGUGAGAUACCAACCCAAUGGAUGCCGCCAAAAACUUGUUGAGGCCAAAGCCCCUUGGUCGUCUUUUGUUCCAGCAGAUCUGUGUCAUCCGUGUUUCUGGGGCUCCGAGGCGCCCCCACUAGUGGGCCAGCAGAGGAACUGUGUCACGUCCUUACAGUACAGUAACUAAUAACCCAAACUGAAAAAACCUCCAGCAGAUAACGUGAACUCUGUUCUAUAUCAUUAUAAAUAUAUGUAUAGACGUUGCAGAAGCCUAUGGACCUAAAGCGUGAGCAGGUGGAAAAGCUCAAGUUUGCUGAAAAUGUGCAGCGAAGACUGACUUUAGGAUUUUUUGACGGUAACAGCGCCCCCGUCACCCCCCCAACCCCCCGCCUCCCGCCUCUCAUACCCCACACACCCAUGAAAAGUACAGCUGACACAGCAAAGCUGCAAGACUCAGUCCCUUUGGUUUGCGCUUUUCUUUUUUUAUCCGAUUCUUUUCUCUGGAGAAUUGAGAGCCUUUUUCUGGAGCAUUCUGAAUUCCUGCUGGAGUUCCACUGAGGAGAGCGAUACCUUGCAGCGGAGGACGCUACCGUGUCUUUCGGUCCCCCCUCUCUAGCCUGACAGGACUGAUGGCAGCCGAUGGGCAAAGCAAACUUUGUGGGAAGAGCGCACAAAUACAAGGUGAACAGCAGUUCCCUGGAUGAUGUACAACAGGACUCUAGUAUUCCAAUUUUCUCAACUCUAUUAAAAAAAAAGAAAACUGAACCAUGAAAAGAAAAGAAAAAUCCUGAAAAAAGUUUGUGAAAUGUCUAAAUAUUUGACUCUCAUCCCAUUACUAAGAGAAAUGUGUUUUCCCUACCAUCAUUCCUGUUUGGAGAAAAGAAAAAAGAUUACGGUCCUGGAAAACGGAAAUUUUUAUGUCUUUUCUUUUAGUAAUUGAGCAAAUGUGAUUUGGGUUAUGAAGAUGAAUUCAUGCAUUCCCCCUUAAUCCAUCCGUCAUCUUCAAUCUGCUUUUGUCCUCCAUGUAUUGCUUUUUCUGUGUAAGGCAGAUUGUAUGUUCCCACCCCUUGUGGAGAAAGCAGGCUCUAUGCGUUCUCCAUGUUUUUUUUUUAUUAUUAUUUUUGUCUGGCGAGAGACAGGAUGGCAGGCGGUUUCAUUUGACACGCUCCAUCAAUUCACUCUCCACGUUUGUUAGGUUUCUCUUUCUCCAUUCCAAGCAUAUUCCUCCCAGUAUCUUCCUGUUCUUUCUAAAUGUUAUUGUAAAGUGUUCCAGUGAGAUGACUCUAAAUAUGUGUACAUUAACAGAGGGAAUACACUUGGUUAUAUACUUCUUA